GCGUGAGAGUAGGAGCGAGAUGGAACAAAAGCAUUCCGCGCCGAUCCUAAAGCCGAUGGAUCUAUCCAGUUUGCUUUAGCUAUAGCCGGUGCGAGUUGUGUAUCGCGUUUUUGUAAGUGAUGUAAACAAAACAGUGUGGUUCUUUUUUAUAUGUUGUGUGUGAUAUGUGGUAGUUGUGAAUUUGACUUGGGAUUUGUGAGGAUCACUGUUAUGAUAUGAGGCCUUUGAUGGAGUAUGUUUUACUGCUCGUGAUUGGCUCCGCAGCAGCUGAACUGGAAUGGAAGUUCACAAAAUUUCCUGAGCCUGUGACAGCGCCGGUUGGCGAUGUAGUGACAUUUGAGUGCGCAGUGAAUGUGCCAGGCGAGCGGCUGGCGUGGCGAUGGCGGCCCGACCGGCCUGGGGAGACCUGGGUUGAUGCUGAGGGCAUCAGCGACAGAGACAAGAUCACCACGAGGCUGCUGGUAGAUAUUAAAGAAGGCGCAGAGAACGCGCUAUAUCAGUGCGUCGUCUGGUACGGCGCCAUCAGCCUCGCCUCGGACCCGGCUCGGCUGACCAUCGCGCGGAUAGACCUCAGUCACAACUCGCGCGAGACCAGAGUUAUCACAGCCCCGCUGCACAACGCUGUGGUGCUGCACUGCAAGGAGCCGCUGUCGGAACCGCCGGCGGAGCUGAGCUGGUGGAAGGAAGUCCAGGGAGUGCGACAGCCAGUGGAGACUCCUCACGGCGUCCUCGUCCUCCACAACGCGACGAGUGCGGACACCGGGACGUACGGCUGCACGGCGACCAACAACCUGAGCGACGAGCGCGUCGACCUCCCGGAGAGGACGUAUCUGCGGGUGCAGCACGAGGGUCACGGAGAGUACAGGUUUCUUGAAUCAGAAGACUACGUCGGUGAGGUCAUCGAUGGGAUCCUAACGGUGCCCGUCCGACCGAAGGACGCGCUGCGCCUGUGGUGCGGCGCCGUGGGCUCCCCACCGCCUAAAGUCACGUGGUACAGGGGCACUGAGAAAUGGAACGGUUUCAGACGCGGCCACGACUUGGUAGUCCAGCCUUUCACUGCAGAAGACGAGGGCAUAUAUUCGUGCUCUGUUAACGGCAACGGCAUUCGCCGCUCGUGGCGUGUUCUGGCGCUCCAGCCGCCAUAUUGGGAGGGCGUGGCGUCCGGCGUGAACGCCAGCGAAGGCACGCCGGCGCGCGUGGCGUGCGGCACGCCGGUUGGCCAGCCCCCGCCUCAGGUGCACUGGAUGUUAAACGCUGAGCCUGUCAUUGGGAAAGGCGUAAAGGCACAAGGUUCGGAGCUGCGUUUCGCCCGCGUGGAGAAGAAGCACGCAGGCGCGCUGCAAUGUUUCGCGUGCAACGCGCUCGGCUGCGCGCACGACGCGGUGCUGCUUACGGUCGUGCCUGUACAGAUCUCACAGGAAUACUCAGCGGACAGCGCGAAGGCAGCACAUAUUGCAUACCAGCAGCCAAAAAACAAACACAACAAUCGAAAGAAUCCUAAGAAAAAAGCCAAAAUGGUGCCACCUUCGCGACCGACUGUGACGCGCAUGUCAGACGAAAGCGUCAUGGUAUCCUGGUCCAACUCCAGCUCCGGGAUGCCGAUACGGAUCUUCAAGGUCCAAUACCGGGAAGUGACGAACUCGAGCAACGGGCCGUGGCACACCGCGAACUCCGACAUACCGCCCUACAUACACUCAUUCGAAGUGGAUGGCCUCAUCCCUGACAGAUAUUAUAAAUUCCGCAUAGCAGCCGUAUACUCAAACCAGGACAACACCCAGGGUCGGAGUAGUCCCCGUUUCUACUUACAAAGAGGAGGCAUAGAAGGCCCACGGGCCCCGGACCUCAUUGCGGCUGAGCCUGUGUCUCCAAGCAGUGUGAGACUUAACUGGACGUGGUCGAGCGGCGGUGGAGUAGAAGCGGAAGGUUUCUACGUGUACUACCGCGCUGUAUCCUCCGCGGGCAAAUACGAGAAGGUGACGGUGGAGGGGGGCGCCACUCGCGUUGCCAUCCUCGGACAUCUGGCCCCCGACACGGCUUACGAGUGGAAGCUACAGAGCUACACAGCUCAAGCGCCGUCAGAGUUUAGCAAAAUACUUGUCGCAAAAACCCUGCCCAACCCGAGUGUAACGAGCACAACUACGGAGCGGCAGACGGAAGACCUGAAGUCAGGUGGCAAGGCGCCAGCGGCGCUGGUCACCGCCGGCGGCGCCAUUGGCGCUACUGCGCUCCUUGUCAUCCUGGUCGUCACCUUGCUUUUGUGUAGGAGGGCGAGGCGGCUACCUGCUAACAAAGAGAAAGGCUCCGGGCCUGAAAGUGGAGGCGCUAACGGUUACAUACCCGCCAAGGUGCCGAUCACUAUCACCGCCAACCCGAUGCACGCUGAGAGCGGCGAUGGAAGCGUAGAAAUGUCGUUCCUACACAACAACAACUGCGGCAACACGGCGGGCACCGACGACACUCUGCCGCGGACGCGGAAAACAGUCCCCUCGCGGCAAUACGUGUGAUUUCAACUGGACAGUAUACGCGCAGGGUACAAAUUUAAAAACUCACUGUUGACAGCAGGGAGCCACACUCUCGCUGCAAUAUUGAGAAAUCGGAAAUGAAACUUAUAUGAAAUUAACUCGCAGGGUCGAAAUUUGGAAAUUUUACUGCUCAGUUGUAAACCUAAGUAUUAUUAAACAAAUGACUCUCAGUGAUGGGUGAUUAGAAAUGGACUUUACUUCUAUACGCAUGCGUACAUUUUGUAUUGUUGCCUUAUGAGAAAAAUCUACCAUUUUGGAUGCUCGUAACACGAGAUGUUUAUACACGGUGAAAUAAAAAGGACCGUUCAAAUUUUGCAUAGUGACUUUUGAAGUCAUAAUGAACAACUUUUAUUAUGAGACCAAUGCUGAAAUCGCGAAUAAAUAUUAGGCUGUUCCAUAGAAAUGAGCGGCAUCGUGACAGUCGAAAUUAAUGAUACUUACAGCUAAAUUUCUUUUCGCGAUUUCAGAAUUGGUCCCAUAAUAAAAGUUGUUCAUUGUGACCUCAAAAGUCACUAUGCAAAGUUUGAAAGGUCCUUUUUAUUUCAGCCUGUAUAACUAACUUAAUUUUUCACACACGGUUGAAAAUUGAAAUUUCAAUCUUAUGACUGUUGCUUUAGUAGAAAAUUUUCUACUAAUUUCAACUUCAUUGACAUGACUCAGACUUCAAAUUGUAAGUAUUCAAAUGGUCGAAAUUUGUCAGUUUUGGUUUUGAUUGUUAGGAUUUGAUGUGAUAUCAAAUUCUUUCUUUUUCAGACUUAAGAGAGUACAACAUUAUAUUUAAUUAAAAAAAUAGUGUAGGCUGCGACUGUUAUAAUAAGAUUUCCAUCUUAUUUUAACUAUGAAUGGAAUUUCGGAAAGAAACGAUUACUGUAUUCAUAUAAUUAUAUCAGUUUACCUAAUUACGAAUAUUUUUACAAUGUUUAAAAGUAAAUCGAAAUUCAGUAUAUACGUUAAGCUUAAAGAAUAACUCACGUAACUCACGUUACACAGGGCAGGGUCCGGGCCGAAACUUUUGGCGCCUUGUUUUCUAUUGUAUAGCAUCAUGUGAUCAAAUGUCACAGAAAAUUAAGGCCUUUGCCCGAUCUAACGUGGGUCCUUCUUAUAUAAAUCCUUUUUAAAUUAUAUUCUUAAAUGAUACUACAAAAAUCGUUGAUAGAAAUGUUAAAUUCCGUCUAGUUUAAUAAAUUUUUAGAAAUUGCUAAACUUGAAAUAGUUGAUAUUCAUUCUUGAGGUAUUCUUUUUCCGUAUUUUUGUAAAUUUUGUUACAUUUAAUCCCGUUUAGUGGAAUUCGUUCUAACUCUUGUUGAAAAAUAUUUUAAAAUCUAAGUACAAGUAUAUUAUUUUUAUCCUUAAACAGCGGACGCGGAGGUUUAAAAUUUAAUAAAACAAAAUUUAAUCUGGUUUCGCUGUAAUAAAUGUUAGGUUAGUUUAAGCGGGUUGACGCAGAAUACACUGAACGUGUUCAAAAUUGAUUUCAAAAUAUAGGUUCCGAAAGUUGUAGGUUAAUGUAAUUUCAAGUUUGCCACGGGGCACAUAAUAUCUACUGUUGUAAUAUUGUUCGAAUCUAUCGCGUUUAUGACGACACUGAAACUAAAUUAUUAUUGUUAAUCGUUAAUUGUCAUAAGACACAAUACAUAAUGUAAUUGCAUAACAAAAUUGCCACCCACGAAUCAGUGUUUGGCAGUAAUCUGAGUAAAAGCUGCUAAAAAUAUAUCACACCAAAACAACACUAUUAUUAUGUAUAAUCUUACUAAAUUGUCUGCUACUCAAUAAUAACCUCACGAUUGAACCAAUUUUCUUUAAUACGAGCCUUUAAAGAAUAUUUACAUUACACUCAUUAAUGUCUUCGAAACAUUGACUUUUUAAGCUAAUUUUACUCUAAAUCGUUUGUAAUUUUUCGUAGGUACGACUCUACAUGAAAAAAUGUGUUCCAAUUUUGGAUGAAAUUUGCCUCAUCGAAAAUAGUCUCUCUAGGUAGCAUUGCUUAUACAUAGGGCAAAAUAUUGGCUAACCGACGUGUCUAUAAGGCGUUCCGCUAUUUUCAUUAUGUAUUAUGUAGAGACGAUGCACGCUAAGCCUUAAACAUUAAAAUAAUUAAACUUCGAAGACGCUAGCCUUAGGAGUAUAGGAUAAAAGGACCGUUUUAUGCCUCCUACUAACUAUUAGCAAGAACAAGAAAUGAGUUUGUUCCGCAAGAGCUAUGAAAAGCCGCGCACCGAAGUUUAACUUUACUAUAUGAGUUCGGAACUAUGUUGAGAGGAGUUCUUGUGUAAAGCCAGUAUUAAGUGACCUACACAGGAUUCGUUUCUACUAAUAGGUACAGAACUAUUAUUGUAAGAACGUUUUCAUAUUAUUACGAUCUGAUAUCGGAAGUCCGUUAAGAUCAAAGGGGGUGUACCCCCUGAAACUGGGUAUUUAUCGUAUAAGUUUAUGUAAACGUUUUUUGUCAUGCAUGUUGACAUUAAUGCAAAUUACACGAUUUUAUACAUUUUAGGCAUAACUGUUUGAUAUUAUUAUUAUUUGGUUAUUGUAAAAAUAGGAGCGGAGUUUAAAUUAUAGGUAAAUGAUGUAACUCCGACAUUCAAUGUCGGAGUCGGAUCGAAUAAUGUGUAAAGGUUUAUAGUAUAUCUCGCCAGCGCUCGCUUCGCGUUCGUUACAUUAUCAGGAAAGUGUUUAAGUUCCGUAAGUACCUAAUAAAAGUAUAACGCUAUCGUCGAACUUUUCCAGACGGUUAGCAAUGAUUUUUGGGUCCCUUGAACUUAAUUAUGUCCGCUGGAAAUGUGUGCAUAAAUGUCAGUUCAAUCUGUAAAAUGACAGUGUGCCAUUUUCUAUCUCGCUAUUACACUUCUUUAGGUAUUUUGUACUUUUAUAUUUGAGCACUUUUAUUAUGGGUCCUGCGACGUGACACAUUUUUCUUCAUAUAAUCUUGUAAGGACAUCUUGUCACACCAAUGCGUUUAGAGCUCUUUAUUAAAUUCGAAUUAUUAUUAAUUAAUUACUGAUAACCAAGGGUAUAACGGAAAAUAACAAUGAACGGAAACGAAAACACAAAUAUCGCACACAAAUUACGGCAAAAUCGUAUUAAGUAUUAAAAUAAUAAUAUUCAUUCAAUAUGAUUCACAUAAGGUAAUAGGUACGAGAAUAUUAUAUUCAAUACAAAUAAGCGAAAUUACACGUUCUUUGAAUCGAACGGACUGCAGUGAAGUCGAUUAUUAACAGAACCAAACGUUACCCGAUAAACAACCCAUUGAAUGGUUUGUUUUCGGUUUUAUAAAUACCUAAAAGUACAAAGUACCUACAAUGAAAGACAAACAAUACUUAGACCAUGUUGCUGGGUUUAUAGUUCAUAGCGAGAAAGUCGCGAAAGUUUAGAAUGAUUCACGGUUAUUUUAAUAAGACUUAUAUAUACCGUGAUUACCUUGAUUACGAAAUUCCGUGAUUACAGGGGUCAGUCACGAUUUUAUGGCAUGUUCCAUUUAUUCUCGAUGCAAGUUUUAGUGAUAAUCAAUCCCUAAAUAAGUGUACUUUCCCGAUAUACAUAUGCAUAGAUCUUUUUAUUUGCAGCUAUAGUUCAAAUAAACACUCAAUGAAGUCGUGACUCACGUUACUUUUACGUUGAUUCACCCGUAAAAACAUCGCACUAACACGCAAAAGUCGCGAAAUGUUUGUAAUUUUUGGUACAAGUCAGUGUUGCCAGACGGAAUCUGAAGUAUACAGUAGAAAAAUGAAUAAAAAACCAGUAGAUCGGGAAAAAAAGCAGUAGACUACAAAAUAUAGUGAAAAAGAAUGAAAGAAAAAUUAUACUGUGACACGAACACGGUCCUGGAACUAUUUUAGACUUCUCGCGAUUUCAAAUUCAUGAAGAUUGGCGUUGAUA